CAAAGACGCGAAUCAGUCACUCGUCGUCAGGCAACCGACAAAUACCUUGUGGUCGCACCGUGACAAUAUUACAUUUAGUAAAAUAUUUGUAUUUGUAUUAAAGUAUUUGUAUUAAAGAAAGUAAAACAUGAUCAGUGAAUCAUGUAGUGAUAUACCGGUCAAUCCGGAAGAAAUUGUUAUUUCUGGCAUUUCUGGUAGCUUUCCAGCUUCGAAUGACAUGAAACAAUUACAAGAACAUCUAUUUAACAAAGUCGAUCUUGUUACAAACAAGCAUGGCCGAUGGACAUUAGAACAUCCGGACUUACCAGAGCGUAUGGGAGUAAUUAAUAAUUUAAAUAAAUUUGAUGCGGAAUUUUUUCGUAUAAGUGACCAUCAAGCUCAUACACUCGACCCUACUAUAAGAUUAUUUCUUGAGCAUACUUAUGAAGCCAUUGUUGAUGCAGGAAUCAAUCCAGUACAAUUAAACCAAAAAAAUGUUGCUACGAUUGUUGCAACAUCCUUAUUAGAAUCUCAAGAAAAAUUCUUAUACCGGGACUGGCAAAUCAAUGGUUUAAAUAUUGUUGGUUGUUCCAAAACCACGUUAGCAAAUUUUAUUUCCUAUUGGCUGGAUUUGAAAGGACCAUCGUAUUUAGUCGAUACAGCCUGCAGCGCUAGUCUUUAUGCUAUAACGUUGGCUUAUAAUAUCAUCAUAUCUGGUAGAUGUGAAAGCGCAAUUGUAGCCGCUGCAAAUCUAUGUCUACAUCCGACACCGACUAUGCAAUGUUUUCGUCUUGGUGUUCUGUCACCAACUGGUCAUUGCAGACCUUUCGAUGUAAACGCAAAUGGAUACUGUAGAAGUGAAACAGUAUCGGUAAUAUAUCUUCAAAAAGCGAAACAUGCGAAAAGAAUUUAUGCUGUGUGCAAACAUAUUGCAAUAAAUAGCGAUGGAUACAAAGAGAAGAGAAUAACAUUUCCCUCGGAAGUCAUGCAAACACGUUUAUUAACCGAGUUUUAUCAACAUUGCGGGAUAUCGCCAACUAAUGUGGAAUACUUUGAAACGCACGGUACCGGCACAAAAGUCGGAGAUCCUGUAGAAAUUAAUGCUAUCUCAAACGUUUUUUGUAAAGAUAGAAAGACACCGUUGUUGAUUGGCUCCGUGAAAUCCAAUCUUGGUCACGCUGAAGCGGCCAGCGGUAUGAAUCAGAUUGCUAAGGCGGUAAUUGCAAUGGAAACUGGCUUUAUUCCACCAAUGAUCAACUUUACAUCACCACGAGAGGACAUAGAAUCUCUAAAAAAUGGAUCUGUACGCGUUGUUACAGAACCAACGCGUCUAACAAACAGUUUUAUAGCAAUAAACUCAUUUGGGUUCGGCGGAGCCAAUAGCCACAUGUUGUUACAAUGGAACCCAAAAACAAAGAUCAAUAACGGUGCGCCAAAUGAUGACUUGCCAAGACUUGUUACUGUAUCUGGACGCACUGAAGAAUCAGUGAAGUCGUUUUUAAAAGACGUAAGUACGCACAAAGCAGAAACUGUUCGCGCGGCUGUUGGUUCCACUGCUGUGUUCGUUGCUUCCCCCAGUACCAAACAAGCCAUCGCUCAGCUUGGUAGUCGCUGGGACGCUCAGUCUUGGCUUGGCAGCCUUUUGGGCUUUAUAUAUUUUUGUGAGCAGAUUGGGUUAGUAGAUCUUCUAACAUCUUUGGGAAUUAUUCCGGAUAACAUAAUUGGAUAUUCUGUCGGAGAACUCGUAUGUGGCUAUNCCGAUCAAUGUCUCACUUUAGAGCAAACUAUUCUAUCAGCGUAUUUGAUUGGCUCAGCAUGUGUCGAAGGCAAUGUGCCUCGUGGAUCCAUGGCCACUGUCAGUCUUGAUUACGAAACUCUCAAAAAUAUAUGUCCAGCAGAUAUUACAAUNGCAUGCCGCAAUAGUCGGAAAAGCAAUGUUAUAAGUGGACCCGCGGAAUGUGUACGUGUGUUUAUGAAAAAGUUACAGACUAGUAACAUACAUGUNGAAGAAAUUCCGUGCAACAAUAUACCUUAUCACAGUUGUUACCUUACGUCCAUUAAAGAUAAACUUUUAAGAAAAUUGAGUAUCUUAAUACCAAACGCAAAAAAAAGAAGUCCAAGAUGGAUCAGUACAUCUGUACCCUCUUCUGAAUGGUCAACUUUAGCAGCACAAUUGUGUUCCGCUGACUAUCUCACAAAUAAUAUAUUGAGUACGGUACUCUUUGAACAAACAGUUUAUCAAAUUUCAAAUGAUGCCUUGACUGUUGAAAUUGCGCCAACCAGCGUAUUGCAGCACAUUUUGGAAGAAGAAUUUCUUCAUACACAAGCAAAUAAUAUUGCGCUCACUCAGAGUCACAUAAAUACAAAUCCAAUUACUGUAAUGCUGCAAGGAAUUGGAAAACUUUACAACUGCGGCUUGCAACCACAAAUUGCCGCUUUGUAUCCGCCCGUANAAUUUCCAGUUAGCCGCGGGACUUUUAUGAUAUCUCCAUCUAUUAAAUGGGAUCACUCCAAAGACUGGUUUGUACCGAAUGAGAUACCAGAAUAUAGUAAAACCAAGGAGAGACAUGUAGAAAUACAUAUUGAAGAAGACUAUGAAUAUAUGACGGGUCACGUAAUAGAUGGAAGAACGUUGUUUUCGGCAAUGGGUUAUAUUAUGCUUGUUUGGCAAUUUAUCGCUACAAUCAAAGGAAAAUUCUAUUCAGCAUUACCAGUAGUAUUUAGAGACAUAAGAUUCGUUCGCGCUACUCAUUUACCACAAAAUGAUACCGUAACCUUAAUAGUCCGAAUACACGAAGACAGCGGUAAGUUNGAGGUGUGCGAAGGAGACAGCGUUGUUGUGAUAGGUAAGGUGUCAGCUGAAGUAGAUCCCAAGAAAGAAACUGUACCAUCUCACUUAUUACCAAAAGACAAUGAAGAGGAAGAACACAUGAACACUGAAGAUAUUUACAAAGAAUUGAAGUUACGCGGAUAUCAAUACAACGGUGAAUUUCGUGGAUUAAAAAGCGCAUCAAUCACGGGUAACAAAGGACACGUCGCUUGGAUAGGCAAUUGGGUCACGUUUAUGGAAACGUUGCUGCAGCUGUAUAUACUCGGAAAAGACACCAAAAAACUGUACGUUCCUACGAGCAUUCGAAAAUUAGUAAUUGAUCCGAUUCUUCAUAANAAAAAGUUACAAAACUACGUGACGCAGAAUACUAAACAAUUGCCAGCACGAGUAUAUAAAAACAUAGACAUCGUAAUAUCCGGUGGCGUAGAGAUUUGGGGUGCGAAAGCUACUCCGAUCGUUUGCCGAAAAUCGAACGCAAAUCUUGUGAUUGAAGAGCAAAGAUUUGUGGCGAAUCGCGAUCGCGAAAAGAUUUCUUUGCGCGAAGCAAUACGGAUAUCAACGCAAAUCGCACUGGAGGAUCAUCAAAUUACAAAAGUAAAAGCUAUCGAACUAGUAGAAGAUACAGAUGAUAUUAUUUGUGGUGAUCUCAGUACAUUUCGUUGGAUGGAGAAUGAUAUAUCAAUCAAUUCCCCGAAUUCUGAUAACUUAAUACGUGUAGUUUAUUUAUCCAUUAAUUUUAAAGAUGUAAUGCUAGCCACGGGAAAAUUAACUUUUGAAGGUAAUGAAAAGCGAUUUGAAAGUAUGAAUCUCGGACUGGAAUACGUAGGAUUCGAUGCCGAGGGACGACGAGUAAUGGGAAUGCGCGACAACAAAUGCAUCGCGAAUGUCGUUUUGAAGAGUGACUUGCAAUGGGUCAUACCAGANACUUGGACGUUCGAAGAGGCGGCUACGGUUCCUUGCGNAUACAGCACGUCGUAUUACGCUUUAUACAUUAAAGGGAAAAUGAAAAAGGGCGAUAAAGUACUUAUACACUCUGGCUCUGGAGGCGUCGGACAGUCAGCAAUUUAUCUCGCCUUACAUGAGGGUUGCGAAGUAUUUACUACAGUAGGCACCGCUGAAAAGAAACGUUUUAUCCGAGAAACGUUUCCGGCUAUUCCCGAUGAUCAUAUCGGGAAUUCGCACGACACUAGUUUCGAGCAAAUGGUUAUGCGUCUGACAAACGGUCGCGGUGUUGACAUAGUGCUGAAUUCAUUGGCAGAAGAGAAACUUGUCGCAUCUGUUCGUUGUUUAGCGCGUAAAGGUCGUUUCUUGGAAAUCGGAAAAUUCGACCAUGUAUCAAACAAUCCUUUGGACCUGUCAUUAUUUAGAAAUGGAAUUUCUUUUUACGGUGUGUUUCUGGAUGCGAUGUUUGCAAGAGAACACAGAAACAAGGCCGAGUUAAUGAAAUUAAUGGAUGAUGGUCUCAAGAAUGGUAUUAUUAAACCUAUAAAAGCUAAAGUUUUUCAGCGAACAGAAAUCGAAGAGGCUUUUAGAUACAUGGCAAGUGGAAAGCACAGAGGAAAGAUAAUUUUGAAUAUUCAAGAGGCAGACAAAUGUGUAAACGCGCCGAUCAUCGCACAUCGUCGUUAUUAUUGUCAUAAAGAUAAAACUUAUAUCAUACUAGGCGGUCUAGGUGGCUUCGGAUUGGAACUGACCGAGUGGCUAAUAUCCCGAGGUGCAAAAAAUGUCAUGCUGAUUUCAAGAAGCGGCAUNAAAAAUGGUUAUCAACAGCUAAAGGUUUCGUUAUGGAGAUCCUACGGCGUAAACGUGACGAUCGUUAAAGAUUAUAAUAUCGCCAAUCCUAUAGAUUGCGAACAUCUUUUGCUACGUGCGGAGAAAGAAGCACCUGUGGAUGCUAUAUUUAAUCUCGCUGUUGUUUUAAAUGACAACAUUUUAAAAAAUCAGAUUACGGAGAGUUUCGUAGAAUCUUUCAGAACUAAAGCUUGGCCAACGCAAAUAUUGGAUAAACUGUCGAGAAAGAUCUGUCCUAAACUUCGACAUUUUGUUGUGUUCUCUUCGGUUUCCUGUGGCAGAGGAAGCGCUGGCCAAACUAAUUACGGAAUGACCAAUUCCGUGAUGGAAAGAAUAUGCGAAAACAGAGUAAAAGAAGGAUAUCACGGGUUGGCGAUACAAUGGGGAGCUGUUGGUGACGUGGGUCUCGUUGCUGACAGGCAGGAAAACGACAUGGAACUAGUUAGCAGCGGCACGUUGCAUCAAAGAAUAUAUUCCUGUAUUGAAGAAUUAGAAAAAUUUUUACUUCAGAAUCGUCCGAUUGUGAGCAGCAUGGUGGUAGCUGAGAAGAAAAAAAUAUCCGAAUGUUCCGAUAUGGUUCAUGUUGUUUCUUCUAUUAUGAAUAUACAAAACUUAAAAGGAAUAAGUCAAAAUACAUUUCUGGCCGAGCUUGGAAUAGACUCUCUGAUGGAAGUGGAAAUCAGACAAACUUUAGAACGCGAUUUCGAUGUGUAUCUUUCUCCAAAAGAGAUUCGAACUCUCACUUUUGCAAAACUUUUUGAGAUGUCUGAUACAGAGGCCAAUAAUAAAUCUGAAAAAAAUGAGCGCAGUAAAUGCGAACAAAAUGUAGUACCUAUGUUUGGUAUUGUCAGAGACAAAGACUUUUUUUCUGAAAUUCUUAUGGACUUUUCGACUGAAAGCAAAGACAUUUCUACUCAAGUUUUUCUUAUACCAGGAAUUGAUGGUUGUGGAACUGUCUUUAAUCAUUUAGAGUCGUAUAUUAAAUUUCCNACAACAUCUUUGCAUUAUAACACAUGUAUCAUUUCCAGUAGGAAUACUUUGUCAGAAAUGNUUGAGAUUCUUGAACAGGCUAUAUUAACAAGAUUACGAGACAAGAACGAUUUUGUGAUGGUUGGAUAUUCCUUCGGAUCUAUUCUCGCAAUAGAACUUGCAACGCGAUUGGAAAGUUUAGGUUUUAACGGUCGAAUAGUUCUUAUCGAUGGUGCACCCGAUCAAUUAAUGGUACUAAGUAAAAAGUACAUGAUCUUCUCACAUACAGAAUCAGCAGAUAAUGAUGCAGAAAUACUGGUUCCUGUUCUGAUGAAUGUUCUUCUG